AUGUCUCGGAAUUCCGCUCUCUCGCCCUCGGCGCCGCGACGAGCUUCGCAAUGGACAUCACAUUUGCGACAAUUCAGUAAGUCGAGCCUCGACAGGACUUCGGAAGAGUCGCCCAUAUCGCCAGAUACUGUAUUCGGAAAUCCAACCACUCGAGAUCCUUCAUCUUCGAAACGACCGAAUGAACGAAUAUGCAGUGUAACUAUCAAUGAGUCCGUCAUCCGUGACGAAGUCCUUGUCAAUUUCGACCUAUUUGGAGGCACCCUUCAACCUGGUGCUUUGAUGUCUAUCACCCCUAUAAAGUCAGACCAAGAUCGCGCAUCAGGUCCUCAAUAUGGUUCCUCGCGACAGGCAUCUUAUAAUCGGGGAUUUACCAACUUUACUCUGGCUGACGACCUUCCGAAACCUGACGGCGAUGGAGGUCGAAGAUAUGUUUUUGUUGCUAAGGAUGUGUCGAAGGAGUUGAAAGCCAGACAACCGAAUGUAGAGGUGUACGUCUCGAAGCAGAUUGGUAACGCGUUCAAUAUGAGAAAGGGUACCCAGGUGAUACUCGCUCCAGUUGACAACCUUACGCCUGCCGUCGAAGCCUCCCACGUCGAGCUCACCUUUAAAGAUAUGUAUAUGUCCCGCGCGGAUAUGUGGAGGCUUGCUGUCGCCGACUUAACAGAUCAUACUGUCUACAAAGGCCAAGUGGUUUUCUUUCUGGGUGCGAUUAAGGCUACCGUGAGUACGGUUUUCGUCGAAGGCCGUAGAGCUCGGUCAGCCUUCUUCGGUCGUAACACCCGCCCUAUCUUUCGGAGUGAGUCCGCUAGAUACGUCCUUUUCAUCCAGAUGGCGCGGGAAAUGUGGGAUUUCGACUCCGACGGCUCUGGCGAGAUCAUGUUUUCUAAGGUUGUGAACGGAUUUUUACCAGCGCUCUUCAAAAAGUGGGCUCUACUGCAAGUCAAACACUUAGUCAGUAUCGUGCUCUUCGCGAGGGUUGAGUAUGAUACAGGGUUGACAACAGAGUUUGCAAAUUCGGCUCUUCACAAUGACUAUUAUACCGGAUACCAAACUUUUGGGGAUAGGCGUCCUUUUAAGGACUUCUAUCGCGUUGUCGUAAGCGAGAUGUCUAGCGGGGAGUGGACCAAGAUAUUAAAUCAGUUGAAGAUGGAGUUUAACGUCUUCCGUCGAGACAUUAGUCUUCAUCAUCAAGAUGCCAUGAGUAACGAUAUGGAGAUUCCCGAGGAUCCUUCUGCCAAGAGCACUUCCACUAGUAAGAUCAAAGCACACUCUUCAUUGGCCAUGUAUGGAAACUUCCUCGAGGCAAUUAACUUGGCAUCUUCCUUGUAUGCCCACGAUUAUGUAGAUCGAGACCUUUUACGCACCGGGAUAUCUAUAGUGGUCAUCAGUCCAGGCCCGGGAGUUUUUGAAGUCGGAUAUGAAUCCUUACGGCGGACGACGGAAGCCCUCGUCGGCAACGGGAUUGGCAUCGAUCUCAUCUGUAUUCCAAAUAUACCACUGCAUUCUGUUCCUCUAUUUCGCUAUCGAAAUCCCCACUUCCUCGAGGCGAAUCAAAGGUCGCAACCUCGGCAAAUCAGAAGUCGCGACAGCACGCCUAAGCAGCCUACGCCACUUGUCGGUAGUUAUACUACGCUAGGCGAGUCUGUGUCUCCUACUAAAGCAGGCGAUUCGUCUAGCCGGGUUGAUUCGGGAGGUUCUACGCUGUACGCUGAUGAAUGGGCUUUUGCGGUACCGCAAUGGUUGCAUAUCUCCUACUGGACUGGAAAGUCGGAAGAAGCUCUGUCCUUCCAAGGCAUUUCUCUGUCUGCCUCGGCUCAACCACCUGAUAACUGCCAUGACGAAUUCACAAUUCGGUGUAGGCUUUAUGAUCUCCAGAUGAGGAGCGUACUUGAAACCAAUGAAAUCGAGACAACGCCGUUACAUGCUGAUCCAACUUAUUCGAGUACCGUUAGCAACUAUGAAAACAAGACGAAACUUUUGCAGGGCGACGAACGCCUGUCGACACAUAUUGGUAAUCGAAAGGUGCCCGAAACGUUGUUUGAGCCAGUUUACGGCUUCCUGAAGUUUAACCCGGACAAGUUGGCGAAGGCCGGGGAAACAUUACUCUGGAAAAAGCUGCAGGCUUAUGAUGAAACAAGGGCUCGGCUCCCGGCGCAUCGGCCUUUACCGCCGACCCAUCAUUAUCGGGAACUUGAGGAGAGCGCCGGCAAGCAACUGAUGGAAGAUCUUAAUCUCUUCGGUACUUCGAUAGGCGAUAGCAAAGAUGCUGGCCCAUCAACUGGACUGUCGUCGAGUGUUUCAUCUUCGAGUAGGAUACGGCUAGACGUACCUACGUCUGCUGCAGCUUCUCGACGCAACUCUACCACCAAAUCCAAGCCUCCGUCAGCGAGACAACCCAAGUUCAUGAGGCAGAUCAGCCUUGGCCAGCGUGGAUUCGGUAUCGCCGCAGCCCAACCAUUCACAGGUGAGGUGAAAAUAGAGCACGCUACCCGAGUUGAUACUACCGGUCCCGGAUCCAAUACUCCUUCGACUCCCAAACUAACGCCAAUUACACCAAUCAAAUCUGCGACAAGGCCAGGCUCUUCACAAUCAUCUAGUAUUAGAAACAUCCCAGCAACGAUCAUAGCAACUGAUUCAGCAACGGGCCUUACUCAAGCAUUACCCAGUCUUCCGAUCCAAAUAAAGAACCCCGCCCAGACUCUAGAUCCUGCGAGUACAUUGAGAUCUGGCCAGAUACCAGCCACUCCUAUUGCUAGAAGCGCACGGCCUGAUGAUCGAGAUCUUAGAUAUUCCAAUACUCUCAGAGAAGAGGAUCAAAAGAAGCUUUAUAACUCGAAGCUACGGGCGGGAGGUGUGCCGGAAUUGCCCACCACGCUUUCACCGACUACCGCCAUGGCCCCGUGGUUGGUAGUUCUUAAUCCGUCGAAUCCUAACGUCCAUAAGGUCGACGACUCAAUCUUGUUUAGUCGAUGGCAACAUGUAUUUCCACGGCCGUCCGAGAUGAGGGUUAUGAAAUGGAAAUCAUUAUCCUGCCCUGCGGCUGUUCCAUUGACGACGGAGUAUUUCCCGACUCAAGCUCAAUUCAAUGUCGAAUACCAGCGUCAGCCGUACAACAUUUCUCAGGAAGUAGAAGAUGAAAUUGCCGAACAACCUAGGUCACGCGUGGAGUUUCUGAGGGAGCUAGUCAGUGCUCGGUUCUCGCAUGGAUUUCAGGUCGUGACCGGUCCCUCGGUGGCUAAAGCGUUCGACCAAAAGGUCGUGAGGAUCGCGGAUGUAUUCUCUAUAGAUAAAACUGUUGGCGACGGAACAAGUAUUUUCAUGAGUGUUGGUAAUACAAUUCACCAACUAUCGUGUGUUAAUGGCACCGAAGUUGAAGUGAACAUUUAUAUACGGAAACCAACCGAGCCAUUGGCGCAGAUAACGCAAUUACCUUCAUACAAGCCGGCAAUUCGUACUCUACUCGAUGACACGUAUCAUAGUGUUGAUGUCGACAUCAUGACACCCAAAUCGGAGCGCAAUUGGAACUAUAUAGAUUCAUACCUCGCCGGUCAUACAGACGAAAUGACGGAGAACCUGAGGUUCUGGAGGGCUCGAUUUGUGCUCAUACCAAUGUAUCCUCGAACUUCCUCAGCUCCAGCGCCGCGGAACGAGGAUGAUGAAGAAGAGGUGCGUCUUGAGGGUAUUAAAAGGCUGGCCCAACUUUGGCAACGGUAUCGAUUCUUAUCACCUUCUGAACGUCAGUUUCAAAGCGUCGGCGCAAGGAAACGUGACCCGAACCCCCUUGACAUCACCUACAAAACCGAAGACCCUUCGGUAGUAAUUGCUGCUGAGAUGGAGACGCUUCCCCUCUUUGAAAACGUAGAGGUCACGCAUCGCAAAGGUUUGGUCUCGGAUAGGGAGCGUUUCUCAAAGACCAAUUUUAAUGUCGCUGCCCUAGCUGAAGCAAUUCAACAGCCGGUCGAACUCGGUGGGAUCCGAAUGCAAACGCGACGAUGGCAUUUCCGAAUUCAUUAUCAUUGUUUCAUAGGAUCAGACAUGACAACCUGGCUGCUUGAUAACUUCGAGGAUCUCGAUAGCCGGGAAGAGGCGGUUGAGCUCGGUAAUUCUUUAAUGGUUCUCGAGGAGGACAAAUCGAGGGAGAGGGACAAGGACUCUAUUAAAGACGCAAAGAAGGAUCGUGAUCGUGGCAUUUUCGUUCAUGUCGAGAGGCGACACCCCUUCCGGGACGGUCAAUUCUUUUAUCAGGUUGUUAGCGAUUAUGCGAAGCCUCACCCCGUUGGUUGGUUCAAUUCGAGGAAAAGAGACGUUUCGGUUCCUUCCACACCCCUAUCGGAAAACCUGCCAAAAGACUCACCUCGACCCAGCCAGCCGGGAAUACAGAAGUCGAUGUCUAUCCAUGAAGAGAAUUCGCCCAUAUCAGGCAGCACGACGCCCACUUUGGCGACGACCAGUGGGAGAAAGCCUAAGGUCGUCCUGAGUAAGAUGAUGAAAUACGACGUCGAUCCUCGCAAGAAGUCUUAUCGCCCUGAGAGGAUUAAUUUGCAUUAUGAUCGGCUUCACAACCCCGAUAAUUGUUAUCAUAUCCGCAUCGACUGGAUGAACGUCACGGCAAGGCUCAUUGAGGACGCCCUCAAGUCCUGGGCAACAAUUGCAGCUCAGCAUGGUCUCCGACUUGUCGAGGUGCCCAUCGCAGAGGCCUGUCGUAUCACAGAGAUCAAUCCAUUCCGAAGACCCUAUCACAUUAAACUUUCGCUGCCUCCUCCUGCUCAACACCCAGUAACAUAUUAUGACCCUACUUCCUUCGGCCCACAGGCACAGCCAGGAAAGCACUAUUACCAAAAGGCUCUUCUGAAGAAAUUCAAUUACGUACUCGACGUUGAGGCCGCCUCCAACUUCCCGAGCAACGUAGACGUCAGCUAUUCAUGGGGCAAGCCUGAUUUCAAAUACUCUCAAUACGUCCACCGCUCUGGAGUUAUAUUGGCUGAGAUUACCGAUGAAGGCGACUUCCUCGUCUUAGCCAAUAGGCUGUGCAGUAAUCGAGCAGCUGCUUUCCAGCCAGCUCAAGCACGCGCUGAGGCAAUGCCCAAUGAACGCGUCUCGCGGCUUAUGAAUACAAGCGCGUAUACUAACUAUGGGCUGGCCGAGCCCACACCGAUAUCAUCCCCAAUGUUCAGGCCUGUCCUAUUUGCAUCCGCCGCUUCUCGAACACAGCCCGAACCGUCCCCCAGCAGCAGCACGAGUGGACCGCAACCUUGCCCACCAAGUCCCAAUGUCAAUGCUCUUGGUGAGCCUGAAGCCCACAAAGACGCGCUGGAGAAGUUUUGUAGCGACGCGAACGCCCUAGAAGCAUUCUAUAAGGAGACGCUCGAGAAAGGUGUGAUGGGAACACCUAUGGCCGGAGCAGCGGCGCCGGGUCCCGACGCCAUACCGGAAGCUAACAUCCCUACCCUCACUCUCGGAGGCAAUAGCAUUAAUCCAGAAUCGGGUGCCAGUCCCGGUCCCAGAAUUCCUACGCCCAACUUAGCUGGUUCGUUGUUAUUUAGGCGAGGAAGCAUUCAGCAUUAA